CAGCAGCAGGAGCCCUUGCUGUGCCCCAGCUACCAGUCCUACUUCAAGACCAUCGAGGAGCUCCAGCAGAAGAUCCUGUGUAGCAAGUCUGAGAAUGCCAGGCUGGUGGUGCAGAUCGACAAUGCCAAGCUGGCUACAGAUGACUUCAGAACAAAGUACCAGACUGAGCUGUCCCUGCGGCAGCUGGUGGAGUCAGACAUCAACAGCCUGCGCAGGAUUCUGGAUGAGCUGACCCUGUGCAGGUCUGACCUGGAGGCCCAGGUGGAGUCCCUGAAGGAGGAGCUGCUUUCCCUCAAGCAGAACCAUGAGCAGGAGGUCAACACCCUGCGCUGCCAGCUUGGAGACCGCUUCAAUGUGGAGGUGGACGCUGCCCCUGCUGUGGACCUGAACCAGGUCCUGAACCAGACCAGGAGUCAGUAUGAGGCCCUGGUGGACACCAAC